CGCACUAGAUAUAGGACGUUACUAUUGUUGUUAAAUUUGUGGUUAAUUUCGUGUAAUUUAAUUUGGUUAUUUUUAGUAAUUUUAUUUGUUAAUUUCUAACUUCAGAAGUGGGAUUCGUUCUCAUUUCUGAUUAGUUUAAAUUAACGCCCACGUGGUUUUACUUUAGUCAGUUUGAAACGCGAGUGUUAUACGUUUAAUAAAAAUAAUGGAGGGUAGGCGGCGAACACGUAAAAUAAGACGGUGUGCCCGUCUCUGGGCUUGAAGAAACGUUACAGCCGAUAUUAAACCGUCAACCGACGCAAGCGACUGAGCUAUGUCCACCAGUGGUGUCACCACAACUGUGCUCAGCAACACCACCGCAAGGGGAUCGGCCCUUUGCACCGACAUGCGCAACACCAUCGGAUUUGCUGCUUUCUUCCUUAAGCGACACUCGUUACCACCUGGUACUGACGGUUCGCACAAUGAUACUGAAAACGCUCCGGUGCCAAGUUCAAGCAGCGCAUGCGAGUCAAGCACUGAUCUGGUACUUAAUCAGGUGAACGACAAACUAGUAAGUGCGUUGAGCACAAUUCUGACUACGGAGAUCGAGUAUCUAUGCCGAGUCAUUAGCAAUGGUCAAGAUAUGAAGACAUCGUGCAUUGCGAGGUUGACUCGCAAGGGUGUGCAUUUCAAUGGUGGCGAUUUUGCAUUUGUGCCAAGCUGUUGGUAAGCUAGACUCCUGUAUGCGCGGACCAUAUGUGGUUUUAGCGACGUUUUCGCAGGACAGAUAUGAACUAAAAUUAGUCGCUGGUUCUUAUGGUAAAGCUGCCGCGGAAUACAUGUUGCCCUGGCGCGAGGAAUGGACCCCUGAUGUGUGUGCCGCAUUCUUUGAGAGUAAGUAAUUUUUACUUGCCUUUUCAAAACUUAUGUAUGUUGAUAAAUGUUUGUGAAAACUGUCAUUUUAUUAGAACUGCUUAUCAUAUAGGUAGUACCUAUUUUGGUAAAGACCUG